AUGUCUACGCAGUCUCCGACGACGCUCUCGCCCUCCUCAUCCUUCGCCCCGGGCUCCCACCGCCGCAGCCACCCCAACCUCCAGCAUCUCUCGCUCGCGCCCCUGACUCCCAAAUAUCCCAUCGAUCCAGCGGACUACGCUGCGUACUUUGACCCAUCCACCUCGGAACUCCACACCUCGGCCUCGAUAUCGCAGAUCGCGUCGCUUCCGUCCCCGGGCGGGAUUCUGUCGAGGAGCGGCAACAACAGCGCGGCAAACUCGCGCGUGCAAUCGCGAGCGAAUUCGCGCACGCGGUUGCACAGGGCUAAGAAAAAGAAUCAAUCGUUUGUGACCAUUCAGACGCCCGGCGGAUACGGUGGCGCGUUGACGAGCGAGGGACUGGGCCACAGGUCUAUCUCCGAGGAGGAGAAGGAGGGGGCGAAACGACUCGCGGCUCUCGCGAGUCCGAAUACGCACUCUGCCUCGAAUUAUACGGGUCACGCGCUGUCGCUGCACAAGGCUGAUUCCUCGUGGCUUAUUCAGACGGGCCUCACGCUCACGGAGGGAUCGCGGGAGUCAAAGGGCCAGAGCUGGAUCUCCAAGCGCGACAGCUCGACCUCGCUAGCUACGCCGCUUGAGGAGCGUCCGUCUAUGGCCUUUACAGGUAUACGUUCCGGACGAAAUACGCCUGGCAACUUGAGUAGGCGGGGCAGUUUCCAAGAGAAACGCCGCAGUCGGAGAUCAUUGGCCAUGACACCCGUCCCGUCUACGACGCCGAUGCUGGAAAUGGAUGCACCUGACUGGGCGGACGAACAGUCUCAGGCAGAAAUUGCGGCGCAGUAUCACGAGGACUUUGGCUAUGAUUUGUCAGAUGUUGGUGAUCCAUAUGGUGUUCUGGAUUUUGAAGGACAAUUCGACAGUGAAGAUGAGGACGAGUUGAGGAGGAGCAUCAAGGGGUAUCGACUUGGCGCGUGGAUGGACGGGCUUGUGGAUGUGUUUUUGAGGUUAGAGGACGAGUUUCCGGGUAGUCAGCUGGAUGCUACCAAGGCUGUGAGGGAGAAAGGGGAAGGCAAAGAUCAGACUGGUGGUCCUGCUGCUUCUGCUUCUUCUGGUGCACCAAAAGAUGCGGACUUGCACGCUGGACAGAGUGUCAGGUUUGACGACGCCGUGGAACCGCCGCCUGAAAGACCGAAGACUGUGUGGGAUGACGUUGCCUGGUUUGGGCGAAUGGUUGCCAGAACACUGCGGUCAUAG